AUGUAUGCUUCAACGCGCUUGCUCAGAAAAGCCUUUAUCAAGCCUUGCCGGCGCUGGAGCUCGACCACUACCGAGCAGCAUACCGCAGAGGCCGAGCAUCUUCCUUCUGUCGCAACCUCUCAGUAUCUUCGGACGACUCGCGAGUCCGCUCUUCGUACCUCCGGUCUGCAAUGGACGGAUGAGGGGCAGACGGGAUCAUCGAGCGACCUCAUAGCUGGUCGCGAGACGCGCAAAAUGAAUAUGUAUCAGGCGAUCCGAGAUGCGCUUAGCAAUGCAUUGUCGCACGAUGACACCGCUGUAGUCUUUGGUGAGGACAUAGCAUUCGGGGGCGUCUUCAGGUGUACCAUGGGGCUCGCGGAGGAAUUUGGCAGGGAACGAGUUUUCAACACGCCUUUGAGUGAACAAGGUAUUGCGGGAUUUGGUAUUGGGAUAGCGGCAAUGGGACAUACUGCUAUCGCUGAGGUUCAAUUCGCCGACUACAUCUUUCCGGCAUUUGACCAGAUCGUGAACGAGGCUGCCAAGUUCCGGUACCGCUCAGGUGGAAAUUAUCAAGCGGGAGGUCUAACAAUUCGGUGUCCCACUAUGGCCGUAGGUCAUGGUGGCCAUUAUCACUCCCAAAGCCCUGAGGGAUUUUUCUUGGGAGCGGCUGGCAUUAAGGUCGUUAUUCCCCGCUCUCCCAUUCAAGCGAAAGGUCUUCUCUUGGGAUCAAUCCGGGAUCCGAAUCCUGUGAUAUUCAUGGAACCUAAAAUUCUAUACCGUGCUGCAGUGGAGCAAGUACCUGUAGAUGCCUUUCAAAUUCCCCUUGGUCGCGCUGAAACACUUGUACAAGGUUCAGACCUCACGCUGGUCUCAUGGGGUACUCCAAUCUACAGCUGUGAAACGGCGCUGCAUAUGUUGUCUUCUCCUCCACAGACGAUUGCAGAGCAUGUACCCCUUACUUUGCGAUCUGCAAAGGUGGAACUCAUUGAUCUGCGCACCAUAUUGCCUUGGGAUGUGGAGACGAUCGCUGAAAGCGUCAAUCGUACAGGCAGGCUCGUCGUUGUACAUGAAGCUGGACGCGUGGGCGGAGUCGGUGCUGAUAUUGGCGCCGAAAUCCAGAAGAGGUGUUUCCUUAAGUUGAAUGCACCUGUCAAACUGGUGACUGGCUGGGAUCUUGAAUUGAACAUCUAUCAGCUUAUCUUGACUGACCUGGCCUCAAAUAUCGGUGAAUCAAAGCAUGAGGCUGAAAACCCAGAUUUCUUAUCUACUAUUGACCUGGUGGCCUCAAAGGUUGAGACGCGAGUUUUGGAUGACACUGAGAGGUUGGGUCAGGUCGAGGAUGAACGAGUUUUUGUUCCCAACUCCAGGAUUCAGUGCAACAUAGGAUUCGCGGAGCUCGCAGUAAACUUAUCAGACGCCCACGUUGACCAGACAGUCCCCAUACUCGUUGAUAUAUUACGGGACAUUCCUUACAUUGACUUCGACCAGUGUCUAUUCUGGGACGAAUGGGCGCUGCCGGAUCAGCUCGUAUUCGCUACUGUCUCUGCGCUGCUUCGGAUUGCGAACUCUCAUACUAAACACAGAAUGGGUGCAAUCAGUGCAAUAAGGAAGUUCACAGGAGAGAUCGUGCGCAUGCUUCAGCGGGGUGCUCCGACUAGCGUACUCACGCAGUUUGCGCCAUCUUUUCAUGGAUUUUACCGAGCCAUCAUUUCGAUUCCGUUUGAUUGGUCUGUACAUGAAUGGUCACUGCUGUCAGAACAUCUUAAUGCUUUAUUUGCCGCGGACGUCGUCGAUCGCCUCAAUAGGUUACUUGUCGACAUAGCCCCAAGCCAUGGGGACGGUACCGAUCAGAUACAGUACAUCCAGACUCUUUUCACUCGCUACGUUUCUCGUGGAAGACCUCUGAGUGGUUAUUUCAUCGUGUGUUGCGUAACGGAAGCUCAAUGGACAGUUCUCGCACAAGCUGUAUGCCCUCGGAACGAACCAUUGAACACGGCAUAUCCCAAGUUCACGGAGGCCGCGGCGGCCAACAAAGUUUGGCAAACGCUUUUGCGAAACUCCAUUGCGGGCUCGGUCAAUCCUAAUGAUAGCUAUGGGGGAGUAUUGAAGUCUACGUUGGAGCAUGCGAAAGACUCGUUCUCCGAUCUCCUCGCGCAAGUUGAAGAAAUGGAUGCUGAGCCGUCCGAAGAUAGCUAUGCCUGGGAAACGAUGUCGGAGAGCUUAAAGCUGGCUGCAGUGUGUUCAGCAGCAUUAGGAGAACUCGACAAAAGUCUUUUCAAUAGGUUGAAGCUGCUCCUUGGCGUUGAAUCAUCUAUGUGUGAUAACCUGGUACGAGAAGCGGCAUUGAAGUCAACCGCAAUUUUAGUUCGCAACUUUCCAGAAAUCGCAAUGGAGAUGGCAGGUCAUCUUCGCCGCUGGGUAACUUCGCCGCUGUCUAUAUUUGAGUUCGAGUUUGUAUCUGGCACACGGACCCCUCCCCCACUUGUUGCAGCAGCCAAAUGUCUCGCGCUCUGCAUUAAUUUGGCUCCAGGGGACGAUCAGGUCAUGUCGUAUAUGUACUCUCUUCUCAAUUACAUUGCCGCCACCAGUAAAGACACCUACGAAGGAACGAUUUCAAUCGCGUCGUCCAUAAUCGACUCUACGGACACCUCCAAUCUCCAUUUGGUUGAAAAUGGAUUGCGAGGCUUGUCGGAAGACGAAAAGAGAACGGUUGGAAUCAGCAGUAUAUCGAUUGCCACCAGGUUGGCCCUAGAGUUUCGUGAGGAGGAGGCAACUAAACUUACAAUAUCCAUGCUUCUACAACGAUUACGUGCCGCGGAGCCCACAGUUGAAGCUGCUAUUGCAUACAAUCUUGUCGAUUUGGCCUUGAUAGCCCCUGAAAGUUCAUUCGUCGACAUCAUUCGUGCCUUCUCUGCCAUUAAUAGGUCGGCCAAUAUGGAUGAUCCAAGAUUCUCCAAUAACCAGGUUUUAGCUGCUCAAACGAGGUUGGCUCGGGAGUUGAAUCGCAGGCCCGAAUUUUACGAGCUUUACUUACGUGAAUUGUUGACACUUUUCGCUGAUAAGGGAGUUGCUAUUCAAAAUGUCGCCAUUUCUAAUCAUCAUGCUAAAAUGGAAGACAUGGUUGAGCAGUUGGGUUCUCUGCUAUUGCCCAUCGAUGCGCUUCUAUAUCAUCUUGAUCUGAAGCUUGCUGAUGCAUCGUCCGACCUCGUGACACUCUUUCGCAAUAUGUGGUUCCUCUGCAUUCUUUUCCAGUUCACAGUUCCCGGAGAUUUAAAGCACCAAUCGGCCACAGAUUGGCAGCAGCCAGCUUUAGCUCGAAUUGCUGUUAAAACUCCUGCAAUUGUGUUGGAAGAAGCACAUGAUACUAUUGUCAGCGACUUGGAAUAUAAUACCGUUAUUCGACAGGAAUAUAUCGAAACGAUAAUCUCGAGGCACCGUACUCUACUGACGAAGCAUAUUCCCGUCCGUUCCAGCGAGGUUCGAUAUCUAUUACCAGGACAAGUGAUCUUUUUGCUUUGUAUGCACGACGUAGAGAGCAUGCGCUCCGCUGCCGGGCUGCCGUCAUCACUAGAGACGUUUUUCGUCAACAAUGGAUUAAACAAGAAUGCAGGACUGCAUGCAUGUAUGGAGUCGGUUGCGGAGAAGGUCAUCCGUAGUUGUAUCAUGGACUUGAAUGGCCAAGCAGCUCAACAAGCACUUCCAGAGCAAUUACCCUCAGAGUUGCGAUCACUGCUAGUCGGUAGUACCCAUCGUAUCACAAAAGCAAGGGAAAUUGCCUCAAAAUAUCUGAACCGACUCAUCACGUCUUUUCCGUCGCUGAUGUGCGAUCCACCAUUGGUAUUUGCUAUUCUUGAAGUUUUAACUCUUUUACGUCGCGCCUGUGAGAACGAGUUCAUCGAUGAAGACAAUCCAACAUAUCAGUACCAUUCUGAGAGAGCUCAAUUGACCCUUCAGUUGCCUGAUAGCUACCAAGCACGUAAUGAUAUGUUGUCUCAGUUGCACCGAGAUGCCAGGAACUGGUUUGAGCUCGCUCUGGGACGUGCUCCUGUAGAAUUACAUUCUACACUGCAGAAAUAUCUCGCCGUCAAUCAAGUAUUUUCUGUCGCAGACUCAUCCGAACUUGGCGCGUCUAUUGCAUUGGAGUAUGGCAAGACAAUUGGACCGAUUGAUCGCAAGCUUACGUCCCUUUCUGGCCUGUCAACCUGGAAGCCAGAUCGCGCGAAAGUCUUGGCCAGCCAGAUUGCGUCUAAAGGGUACUUCGCUGGUGAAGUAAAUGGAUUCAGGUUCGGGCGCUCUUAUGGGGGGAGUGUGCUUGGAACUGAAUUUGUCCCCGUCACCGAAAUUGACGGGCUUAAGGAUCAAAUUUACGAGGCCAUCAAUGACAUAAGAGAAAAGAAGAGAUCCAUGUCCAUUCGAGACCUUAAGCGUCUCCUUUUUCGUUGUGCUGGGACCCUGAUAUUUGUGGACAAGUAUGACUAUGACCUGCUACACUGUCUGGUUGCUCUACCGUUCGAGGCAUUUACUCCUUCCGCUGUUUCAGCAGGUAUUGAGACAUGGUCAUGGGUUAUUGCGGAAAAACCGGAUUAUGAGAUGGCGCUCAUGUCCGAAAUCGGCUCGGCGUGGUCUCUCACCAUCAAACACGAGAAAGGUCUAUUCUCUCGAGCGCUGAACUACGUAGAUCCCUUUUUACAUGUAGUCGAAUACAACCCGACGGAUAAGACCAUCAUUGAUAGGGGCAUAGCGGGUGCCCGUCGACUUCUAGCGCCCCAUGUGUUGGUCUUGCAGCUAUUUUUCAGCAGGAUGCAGGCUGCAAGGUACCGUAGACCUGGCUUGAUGUUCCUGAUUCAACGACUGGCUUUGGUGUCGGCUCGAGCUCACUCUUCGUUGAGUACCCACCCUCUCGCUCGCGAAGCCCGCUUCUCCUUCCUGCUCUUUGGUUUUGAAACUCUCAAGAGCUCCAACUUAGAUACUUUUUGCGAGCAUCAACUCCGCUAUGGGCUCUAUCGGACUGCGUUUUCAUGGUUCAGCACGCGUCCACAAUGGUCAUAUGGUUCAAAUCGCGUACAGAUCGAUGCGGAUAUCAAACUGCUCUCUGAAUUCUUGGAUUACUUGCAAGCCGAUAGUAUUAAAGGCUUCCCAGCCAUUUCUAGCCUGAAUCCUGUUCAAUCUCUAUCGCAGGUUCCCCAGUACGUGAUAUCCCUUAAGAACUUCAAUAUUCCCCUGCGGCUGCUCGUGGAGAAUGAAAUUUCUAGAUUGACAGUGUGGUCGAAUCCAGUUAAUGAUUCCACGCGGGGCGCUGACCACAUAGCCUCCUUAGAGAAAACCAUAUUGGACAGCUCCUGGAUCAGCGCUGUCCAAAAAACUUGGGAGCUUGAUCCUGCCAUCGCUGUGUAUUUUACGGAACGCUUCAAUCAUCCAAUCGUCGGUAGUGAAGUAGGACGAUUGGUGCGCUCCAGCACUCUUGACGCUUUGCAUAUCCCAGAAGCUCUGCCCUAUUUGAUUGGCAGCAAGCCCGAUCUAAUGGUUCGGCGAGACUUGAAGUACAUCUUGCUUUGGGAUCCUGUACCCCCUAUCGUGGCUGCAAAUUUCUUUGAACGACGCUAUAACAAUGAUGCCGUACUCUUGCAAUAUGCGCAUCGUGUUCUGGAACAACAUCCAGUCGAAUUGACUUUUUUCUUUGUCCCUCAAAUUGUUCAAGCACUGCGACACGACGUAUUGGGCUAUGUUCAACGCUUCAUCUUCGAGACGGCAAAAAUAUCUCAGCUUUUUUGUCACCAAAUCAUCUGGAAUAUGAAGGCAAAUUGUUAUAAAGAUGACGGGGAUGACGUUGAAGAUCCAAUGAAACCAAUUUUGGAUGAUAUGACAAGGCGGGUUGUAGACACCCUCUCUGGUGAAGCUCGAACAUUCUAUGAUCGUGAAUUCACGUUCUUCAACGAAGUAACUUCAAUUUCGGGUAAGCUUAAGCCCUAUAUCAAGAAGACAAAACCCGAAAAGAAGGCAAAGAUUGAUGAAGAAAUGGCCAAAAUUCGCGUGGAAAUUGGAGUAUAUCUCCCUAGCAACCCAGAUGGGGUGGUUAUCGACAUCGACAAGAAGUCUGGUAGACCGCUACAAAGCCAUGCCAAGGCACCGUUCAUGGCUACCUUCAAGGUCCGCAAAGAGCGUGUUGAACUAGCAAUUGAUUCGGAAGGUAUCACGGAGACCCAGGGACAGGAGAUUGCCAAGGUCGAGUAUGACGUCUGGCAACAGGCCAUUUUCAAAGUCGGAGACGACUGCCGACAAGACGUCCUCGCCUUACAAGUCAUUGCUAUGUUCAAAAACAUAUUUACCAGCGUUGGCCUGACUCUUUAUUUAUAUCCGUACCGAGUAACGGCCACCGCUCCUGGAUGCGGUGUCAUCGAUGUCGUUCCAAACGCGACCUCUCGUGACGAAAUGGGGAGAGCAAAAGUCAAUGAUUUGCUUGAUUUCUUCAUCGCGAAGUACGGCGGAGAGGAUACAAUUGACUUUCAAAAAGCGCGACAGAAUUUCAUCCACUCGAUGGCCGCAUAUUCCGUUGGUGUCAAGUUCGAGCCAAAUUCAUUCAAACUGACCCACGAAAUGGUAGUUCUGAUGGGAGGUCGGAACUCCCAAGGAUAUCAGCUAUUCCAACAGCUUACGGUCAAGGCCUUCCUCGCUAUAAGACCUCAUGCGGAUCAAUUAGUUGGUACAGUACAGAUGAUGCUUGACACGCAACUGCCGUCGUUCAAAGGAGAACCUACGAUGAAGCGGCUCAGGGAUCGCUUUGCGCUUGGGCUUAACGAGCGUCAAGCUGCGGAAUGGAUGAUGGCCAUCAUCCGAAACGCUCAUGAAAACGUUCGCAGCACAGCGUACGAUGAGUUCCAGAGACUUCAAAAUGGUAAAGUCUGA